GAUCGAUGGUGGCUCUGCCGUCGCAUCAAAGACGCCCGUGAAAUGCUAGAAAAAAACGGUUUUCAGGCAACAAAAGCAUCUGAGGAAUAUUUUUUGAGGAAAUUUGAGUGAAAUUUUGUGAAAAACAGUGCUGAAAGGUGAAAAAAAUUUUAAGAACGUUGUGGGGGAUUGGGAAGAGUUUGGAGAAAUUGUGAGUGUGGUAAAAUCAGGGCGGAGAGGGAGUAUUUUGAUGGGCAGGAUGAAUCGGAAGGAAGGGAAGAUGCGUGUGGCUGUCCGGGUGAGGCCAUUCAAUAGGCGUGAACUGGAAGCUAACCAGAGGACAAUCAUUCGCGUGUUAGAUGGACAGAAUCUCCUCUUUGACCCAGACGACGAUGAGGAUGAAUUCUUCUUUCAGGGAGCUAAAGUUAAGCACAGAGACGUCACAAAACGCAUCCGGAAGAAGCUUCCCAUGGAGUAUGAUCAUGUUUUUGGGGCAGAGGCUACCAAUGAUGAUGUCUAUGAUCUGUGCAUGAAGCCUCUGAUUGCCUCAGUCAUGGAUGGGUACAAUUGUUCUGUGUUUGUUUAUGGAGCCACGGGAGCAGGGAAGACCUUUACGAUGCUCGGGAAUGAGCAAUUUCCUGGGAUAACGUAUCUGACAAUCCAGGAGCUCUUUAGGCAGAUGGAGGAGCUGGUGAAUGAGAGAAAAUUUGACAUUGGAGUUUCUUAUUUGGAAGUUUACAAUGAGCAAGUGAUGAAUCUCCUCACAAAAACCGGACCCCUAAAGCUCCGGGAAGAUUCCUCGGGAGUUGUAGUGAGUGGACUCAGCCUCAAGCCCAUCUACUGUGCGAAGGAGUUGAUUACUCUUCUCACCCUGGGCAAUCAGAAUCGCACGCAGCAUCCAACAGAUGCAAAUGCAGAAAGUUCCCGGAGUCAUGCAAUCUUUCAAGUGCACAUCCGGAUGGGUGAUAAGAAGUCUGGACAGAAGCGAACUGUGAAGCUGUCAAUGAUUGAUUUGGCGGGGAGCGAGAGGGCGUCCAGUACGAAGGGAAUUGGAGUGAGAUUUAAGGAAGGUGCCAGUAUCAAUAAAUCUCUCCUGGCUCUUGGGAAUUGCAUCAAUAAACUGGCAGAUGGACUCGAGCACAUCCCGUAUAGAGACUCCAAUCUCACGAGAAUCCUCAAGGAUAGUUUGGGUGGGAAUUGUCAGACCGUGAUGAUAGCCAAUGUAUCCCCAUCGUCCCUAAUGUACGAUGACACCUACAAUACCCUCAAGUACGCAAUGCGUGCCAAGAAGAUUCGCACGACUUGUCGGCAGAACAUCCUCAAAUCCAACCUUCCAGUUGAGUUCUAUGCCAAGAAGACGGCGCGUCAGGAGGAGGAGAUCGAGAGGCUGAAGCAGAUCAUCAAGCAGCAGGAGGAGAAGAUCAAGAGGCUGGAGACUGAGAAAACGGUUGUCGUGGAAGCUGAACCUGUGGUCAAGACUGUCGCCAUGCCGGAUCUAACGCUGCAGUACCGAAGGAUUGACCAAAUGUACGAAGAUAUUAGGAGCGUCACUACAACUCUCAUCCAGAUCAACAGCAAGCACAAUCUGCUGAUGCUCAAGAUGAAAUUCAAGAAGCACAUUGACGAGUACAAGAAGAUCCUCUACCUCGAUGGAACUUUCAGUUCGGAUGCAUCUCGUUUGGAAGCGUCCAUUGAUAAAUACUCUCGACAAUUGGAUGACCAAAAGAAGAUCAUAGUUGAGUGGGAGGCGAAGCAUAAGAAUCUGUUGGAGGAUUUGCAGAAACUGCGACAGGAGAUGCAGGAGAGGGAGGGGCAUGAAAUGCUCGAGAUGUACAUGAGAAAUAAGGAUCUAGAACGAAAGGUUCUGUAUCAGGAUCAGGGACAACUGCACACAAAUAAGACUAUGAUCCUGAUGAAAAAUGAACUGGACAAUAUGAAGAAUGCUCUGUUGCUUUCCUGCGAAAUAAUCCAGCAGAAUUAUCUUUUGAUGCGCGCCAAUAAGUACACCAUGGAUGUCAAUAUGAAGCGAAAGUAUCAGAAGUUGGUGAAAUUGGUUGAGGGUAAGGCGAAUAUCAAGUUUGCUGAUGAAGAACAGGAGGAUUCCUUUGAGUCUCUGAGCAAGAUUCGGGCUCUGGACUUUGGGAUGGGAAUAGGAGUGAUUGGGGGGAAAAGGUUGCAGGAGGCUGAUGAUGUCAUCAAUCGGAAUCCGGCAAAGCGGAAGAAACUGAUAAUGGAUGACGGGGUGCCUCCGGUGCCACUUUUUGCCCCAUCAGAUCCCAAUGCAACGCAGAUUCUCAGUGGAAUUGAGCCCCUUGAGUCUGCUACCAAUGAACCAGAAGGUGGACUUGGGGCAGAGAUGAAUCAUACUUUUAGGGUGCCUUCUGUUCUGACUGAGCAGAAGAAUAAUGUCCCUGGGCCCAGUGUUCAUCUUGCAAAGAACUUCAAAUUAAAAAGUUCUCCAAAACGCUUCAACAAAGUCACAAGCAAUGAAAACAAAAGAAUCUCACCGUAUCGGAUAAAGAAGAGUCCCAAGACAAUCAGGAAACAUGCCCCAGUCAAUAAAGGUAUAAGUCAUCCCGCGCUGCAAGGUCGACUCGAGAAGAAGGAAUCAGUGGUUCAGAAAUUCUGGAAGUAAAAAAUUUUAAGGUUUGAUUUGAUUAUUUUUCUAUAAAUGGAUUCUAAAGAAAAUACUUUAAGGAGUGACUGCACAUAAAUUCAUUAAAUCUUGACAUUGAAAAUGUUUAUAAAAUUUCAUAAAUAAUUCACCUAAAUUUAAGGUAUUUGCAAUUAAAUAAAUUACACAAAACUAUU